AUGAUGGCAGAACUCCGGGAACAGAACCUGGACCUGCAGACCAGGGUGAAGCAUCUCGAGUCCUGUGAAUGCCACAGGCCCCCUUGCACCUGGCAGGGGCAGGAGCGGCCAGAAGGAGCCCACUGGGAGCCGGAUGCCUGUACGUCAUGUGUCUGCUUGGAGGGGGUGGUUCAGUGCUCCCCUAUCAGGGAUGUGGCCCACUGUCUUGGAUGCCGCCAUGGAGGCCAGGCCUAUAGCAGUGGGGAGGCCUUCUCUCCAGAUGCCUGUACCACCUGUCACUGUCUGGAAGGCAAGGUAACAUGUAGCCAUCUGCUAUGUUCAUGGAGGCCCUGCCUAGACCCUAGGAGAUGCUGCCCGAGCUGUGAGCCAGAGCCCGAAGGCUCCAUAAUCUGCCCCGGGGACCGGAAAGCUGGAGAAACAUGGUAUCCGGAGCCCUGUAUCAGCUGCAGAUGUCAGGAUGGAACUGUUCAGUGUAUGGAGGCCGUGUGUCCAGAGCUCCACUGCCUGGAGAGUUACACCCCACCGGGGCAGUGUUGCCCAAUCUGUCGGCCAGGCUGUGAGUAUGAGGGUCAGCAUCAUGAGGAGGGGGCAGUCUUCCUAUCCAGCUCCAACCCUUGCCUUAGAUGCACUUGUCUGAGGAGCCUGGUCCGCUGUGUGCCCGUGCAAUGCCCACCUAGCCCCUGUCCCAACCUGGUUUCAAGGCCUGGACACUGCUGCCCAAGCUGCCAAGUAUGUGUGCUCAAUGGACAGGAGUUUGCUGAGGGGGUCCAGUGGGAGCCUGAUGGGCAGCCCUGCACUACCUGCUCCUGCCAACAGGGGGUUCCUGUAUGUGGGGCUACGCCCUGCGUGCCACCUCCCUGCCAGCAUCCCACUCAGUCCCCUGGUGCCUGCUGCCCUGGAUGUGAGAGCUGUACCUACCAGGGACACAUCUAUGCCAACGGGCAGAACUUCACCAACCCCAGCCUCCCAUGUCACACCUGCCGCUGUCAGGAUGGGACAGUCCUGUGCUCUCUGACUGACUGCCCACCCACAACCUGUAGCAGGCCCCAGAAAGGACCAGGCCAGUGCUGCCCUAGCUGUCCAGACUGUCUACUGGAGAAUCAGGUAUUUGUGGAUGGUGAGAGUUUCCCUCAUCCCCGGGAUCCCUGCCAAGAAUGCCAGUGCCAGGGAGGCUGGGUCCGCUGUCAGCCCCGUAUUUGCCCAAGGUCCCGCUGUGCCCACCCACUGCCUGGCUCCUGCUGCAAGAGCGAAUGCAAUGGCUGUGAUUUUGGGGGGAAAGAGUAUCCCAAUGGAGCAGACUUCCCCCAUCCUACAGAUCGGUGCAGGGUCUGCCAUUGUAUUAAUGGGAAUGUGCAGUGCCUGACCCAACGGUGUCCUCCACUGCCUUGCUCAGAGCCUUUCCUCCCUCCUGGAGAAUGCUGUCCACAAUGUCCAGUACCCCCAGCUGACUGUUUGGUUCCUGGGAUGCCCUCUGCACAUCACCAGCAACACUUCUCCCUACCUGGGGACCCUUGCCGCCGAUGCCUCUGCCUCAAUGGUUCCAUUUCCUGCCAGAGACUACCCUGUCCCCAAAUGUUCUGCACCCACCCCCUACAGGGGAACUGCUGCCCCUCCUGCGAUGGCUGCUUAUAUGAUGGCAAGGAGUUGUCCAAUGGGGAACGGUUCACCUCCCCAACGUCCCCAUGUCAAGUCUGCCUCUGCUGGGAGGGCAGUGUCACCUGUGAGCCAAAGUCCUGUGCCCCUGCCCAGUGCCCCUUCCCUGCACGAGGGUCCUGCUGCCCAGUCUGUGAUGGGUGUGAGUACCUGGGGGAGCCAUACCUGAGUGGCCAGGAGUUCCCAGAACCAGAGAAGCCAUGUAACCGCUGCACCUGCAUUGGGGGUUUUGUCUCCUGUGGCCGUAGACCCUGUGACCAGCCAGGCUGCAGCCACCCAGUCACCUUGCCUGGGCACUGCUGCCCAACCUGUGAGGGUUGUUUCUAUAAUGGGGUCACGGCUGCCCUAGGAGAAACCUUCCCAGACCCCACUGACUCUGCCUGCUCCUACUGUACCUGCCAAGCAGGCUCUGUGCAGUGCCUAAAGAAGCCAUGCCCACCAGCUCUCUGCUCUCACCCCACCCCAGGGCUCUGUUCCUGCCCCAGCUGCCGAAGCUGCAGCUUUGAGGGCCAGGAACACCAGGAUGGAGAAAAGUUUGAAGGUCCGAUGGGCAGCUGUGAGCACUGUUAUUGUCAGGCUGGGAAUGUGUACUGUGAGAGGGUGCAAUGCCCUUCACUACCCUGUGUCCUCCAAGUAACAGAGGCUGGGACCUGCUGCCCCCGCUGUAGAGGAUGUCUGUCCCCAGAAGGGGAACACCCCGAGGGAAGCAGCUGGACCCCUCUGGACGCUCCCUGCUCCUCCUGCAUGUGUCACCAGGGCAUCAUUACCUGUGCCCACAUCCUCUGUGUCAGCUCCUGUGCCCAUCCCCAACAGGGGUCUACAGACUGCUGCCCACUCUGUGACGAUUGUGUACAUGAAGGCCAGACAUAUAGACCUGGGGAGAGUUUCCAGCCAGCCAGUGACCCCUGCGAGGUCUGCAUCUGUGAGUUAUCACCACGAGGCACUCCACACCUACGCUGUUACCGGAGACACUGCCCCAGCUUGGUGGGCUGCCCUCCCAGUCAGCUCCUGCCCCCUGGUCCCCAGAAUUGCUGUCCAACAUGUGCCCAAGCCCUGAGUAACUGUACUGCUGGCCUGCGGGGUAGGGAGCUGACCCCACCAGACCCCUGUUACACCUGUCAAUGUCAGGACCUGACUUGGCUCUGUGUUCGCCGCACCUGCCCCCCGCUCAGCUGCCCUCCUGCCGAGCAACACACUGUCCCGGGAUCCUGCUGCCCUUCUUGUCGUGCCCCCAGCCCUUCCUGCUCCUAUAAGGGCCAUGUGGUGCCCUCAGGUGAGCACUGGGUGGUGGAUGAAUGCACCAGCUGCUCCUGUGUGGCAGGCACCCUGCAAUGCCAUAGUCAGCACUGUUCUCUGGUUACCUGUGACCCUGAGGAAGCCCCUGUCCUGGAUCCCGGGAGCUGUUGCCCUCGCUGCCUCCCUCGUCCGGCUUCCUGCCUGGCCUUCGGGGACCCACACUACCGCACCUUCGACGGCCGCCUGCUGCACUUCCAGGGCGCCUGCAGCUACGUGCUGGCCAAAGACUGCCACGGGGGAGACUUCAGCAUCCAUGUGACCAAUGAUGACCGGGGCCGGAGGGGUGUGGCCUGGACCAAGGAGGUGACCGUGCUGCUUGGAGACGCCGUCAUUAGGCUUCUGCAGGACAGAGUGGUCACGGUGGAUGGACACCCUGUAUCCCUGCCCUUCCUGAAGGAGCCCCUACUCUACGUGGAGUUGAGAGGAGGCACCGUGUUACUGCAUGCCCAGCUGGGGCUUAAGGUGCUGUGGAACGGGCAGUCCCAGGUGGAGGUCACCUUGCCGGGCUCAUACCGUGGCCGGACCUGUGGGCUCUGUGGGAAUUUCAACGGCUUCACACAGGAUGAGCUGCAGGGCCCCUCCGGGCUGCUCCUGCCCUCAGAGGCGGCCUUUGGCAACAGCUGGCAGAUCCCAGAGGGGCCUGGGCUCAGACACCCAUGUGCCCCAGGCCGAGAAGUAGAUCCAUGCCGGGAGGCAGGAUACCGGACCCGUCGUGAGGCCAACACCCGCUGUGCCAUGCUGAAGUCAUCAGCGUUCCAGCACUGCCACAAGGCUGUGCCCCCUGAGCCCUUCUUUGCUGCUUGUGUCUAUGACCUGUGUGCCUGUGGGACUGGUGCCUCUGCUGAUGCCUGCCUCUGUGAUGCCCUGGAGGCUUAUGCCACCCGCUGCCACCAGGCAGGCAUCACUCCCAUCUGGCGGGGUCCAACACUUUGCGCGGUGGGCUGCCCCUUGGACCGAGGUUUCAUCUUUGAUGAAUGUGGCCCUCCCUGUCCCCGGACCUGCUACAACCGACAUGUACCUCUGGGUGAACUAGAAGCCCACUGUAUACGGCCAUGUGUACCUGGCUGCCGGUGCCCAGCAGGGCUGGUGGAGCAUGAAGCUCACUGUAUCUCUCCUGAGUCCUGCCCCCCUGUCCUGCUUACCAUGGACCCAAGGCCCACCCCUGGUGGACACCCCCAGAGCAAAACCUGA